AUGGUCCAAUUGACAUCGUCAAGCCACUAUGUCUUGUUCGGUCCACGAGAUGUGAAGGUGUAUCGUGACCUCAAAAUCUCAGAAAUACCAACAAUGGAGGGGCGACGAUUGGAGUCAGUCUACGUAAUGUCAGCAGAAUCUGCAUAUGUAGAUAGGACAAGGAAAAAUGAAACAUCAGAUCUAUGGCACAUGCAGUUAGGUCACGUUAGCUAUCACAAGCUAAAUGUGAUGAUGAAGAAGUCAAUGUUUAAGGGGCUACCUCAACUUGACGUGAGAACGGGCACGGUUUGUGCAGGAUGUCAGUAUGGUAAAGCACAUCAAUUACCAUACGAAGAGUCGAAGUUUAAAGCGAAAGAGCCAUUGGAGUUGGUUCAUUCCGAUGUGUUCGGGCCCAUCAAGCAACCAUCGAUACAUGGUGACGUUCAUUGA